AUGAAGAGAAGAGAUCUGAAUGGGCGGUUCGGCGGGUUUUUAUGUAACUCGACUGGAGAAGACGAGGGGUCUAAACAAACGGCGGCGGUGCUGCAGAUGUCUGUACGGGUGAGUUUUCAGACGUAUGAAUGUGGCGUCUGUUACCCGGAGACUCUCAGACGGUACCUGGCCUCCUCCCAGACCCCUCUGCUCCACCUGCUGUCAGACGGCCACCUGCUCCCGCACAAACAUCUGCAGCCCCCCGGGGAGAGGGCCGGCCGCCGGCCGCCGGGCCUGGAGAGCAGACGCCAAGCCUCGGCCCAGCCUCCCACAGGGCUAAUGACCGUAGCCCGGGCCCCGGCGCUGAAUAAUACCGACCGUGGCGAGGUGCGGUCGGCGGAGGGGAGGGCAGCGGGCUCCCUUCGCCACAUCAGCCUGAGAAUUUCACACUUCAGCUACCUGUUCCUGAGGGUUGCCCGGCACAUGAGAAAUGACAGCGAAGAGAGUCUCUCUGCUUCGUCUGAUCCGAAAACAAACGCUCAGGUGCACAAAGACGUGGAAUGUGCGUCUGACAGCCCAGGUCGUGCUCAGGAGCCAUUACAGAGUCACACGUCCUCCCUAAAGAACAAUGCUGCGGGUCUGUCCUCAGAUGAACACGAAAACCCUUUAAAUGGAACCCAGCCGAAUCCAUUUGUAUACAGCAGUGUCCCCGCUGUUCCCCGCGCAGGCAAUUCAUUGCCUUCAGGAACACUUGUUAAUGGACCUGGUUCACACCCCACCUCAGAGGUACACCGUGUCCUGAACAAAGGCGCUGUUUUAUCCGACAGUGUCCCGGACGCCACAUGGCACGCGGAGAAGGACACGAGCCCCGAGGUGUCGCCGCCACCCGGUGAGCUUCAAUCAGACGCUUGGAAGCGCACAGCAAGGCCCGUCGCAAAAACACCGGCCACACAGCCAGGUGUCAACAUGCCACUGUCUCACAUGGAGGAGAAGGAGCUUAAAUUGGCCCGCUCGGCGCCGUCACCUGACGGGGCCCGGCGAACGCACAUUAGCCAACCUCUGACAAAACAGACAAUAAAAACAAGCUCUCGGUGGGAUGUGGAGUAUUCAGGAAGCCCCUCGGAUGAUUACGAUAAUGCCAAGGCAAAUGGAGGGGAUUCGGCAAGGGGAUGCGUUUUGCACCACGACAGAAGGCCGGAGACCGACGUGAUGCACCAAGGAGACGACGGGCACGGCUCCAAAGGCACGGCGGACUGUCGAGAGAAGCACAACUUCAGCACCCAUGCUGGAAAUGUUGAUUCUGGCAACAAAGAUGAAUCUGUGCGUAUACAAGCUGAUAUUAAAUAUGCAGUUAUGCCAUUCAGAGACCUUUCCAGGAACAUUGCUUCAGACUGUGUGUGCCGUAUUUAUAGCACAGCACAGGAAGGCUGUAAUGAAGAAAAUGACCCUGAAGAUGAAAGCAAUGUUAGUCCAAAAGUGGAACAGUUGGAGACAGAGCAACUCGAGCGAGAUCCACUUUUCUUCUCAUGCACAAUAUGCAAUGUUAAUUUCAAGGAAAAAAGGCAUUUCCAUAGACAUAUGAUGUAUCAUUUAGGCCAGCAUAAUCAGGUGAACAGUGAGAAGCUUUCGCAGCCCUUUGUAUGCAGGCAGUGUGGGCGUUUGUUCUGUGAUAGCGGCUCCCUCGUGAGGCACAUCGUUAUUCACCGAGACAGGCUGGAACAACUUGUGGGGGAGAUCAAAUGUCUGAAAAAGGGCAAAUUUGGCGGCAGGAACGCUGCGGUGGAGUGCGCGACGCGCGGAUCUGCCUGCAACUGCCCGAAAAUCCUGGUCCAGCGUGCCAAAGUGCAGAAUAAUGUGAAGCACUACUACUUCUGCCAGGAAUGUAACUUCAUGACUCUGACGCAGCAGACGCUGGAAGACCACCUGCUCCUCGAACACCUCGACACGCACCAGGCCCAGGCUCCAGGAGACGCUGUGAAAAAUGUCACGUCUGACGGGGAAAAGGGUUUUUGUUUGAGUGGAGGCAAAGUAGAGAGACAUUCGGAUGAAAGUUUUGUCAGCCACAAAAAAUUUGCUGGAUUAAAAUUCAAUUUGGUUGAAGAACAGAUUUGUUUCUCUCGUUUCUCCCACAAAAAGGAGGAAAAACAUGUUGAAAAGUCUGCAGACAAAACCCUAAAUUCUCCUAAAUUCAGCCUCACCGAACCCACACUGUCGCCUUCUUCGUGGAGGAUCGACCGGUAUGGAAGAUUACUCCUACAACCGGUAAAAAAAUUAGACGUGGCAACCGAUCUCACCUGUGCGGGAGAAGAUGCUGAGAACAAUGACCACGAGGCUUUUGGCAGCUCCAAGCGCGCACACUGUCCUACAAGUGCAGAUAUUUCACUGUCAGCCAGGAAGCUUAAAUUAGACCAGAUGCUCAGUCGAGGAAGCAAGAAUGACCUGGCGAUCGGAGACUUACCAGCACAAGCCAACAAAAAUUACCCAUCAAUGAGUAGCGUGUCAACACCUUCGCAUAAGGCUCCUAAAAAUCUGAAUGGUAAAAUCUUACCUAGGCUUAGCCAGAGGCUGAAGAAACAGUGUGCAGUUAGGGAGUUGGAAAGAGGCUGUGAGGGCGGCGAUAACCUCAGUGAUUGUACCAGCGAAGCUACAGGCGGCUUCUUGGAAAGCAGUGAGAAUGAAAGGAACCCAUACACUCUGAGGUAUUUCAGAAAGAGGCAGAGUUUUUCAGCCCAGUACCAAAGCCCCCACGCACUCAAGGAUGAGGAUGAUGGAGACGAAGACUGCAGCGAUGUGGAGCAGCUCACAAUCAAGGAGGAGUAUGAGGAAGCCGCAGCCUGUGAUGAGUCCUCAGAAUCCUGCGGUACGCCUCCGGGUGACGUCCUCCAAACGCCGGGGGAAGAACAGAAGCCCUGUCCGUACUGCCCCGCCAAGUUCAAAUCCGGAGUGGGCCUUUCCAACCACGUGCGUGGGCACCUUCACCGGGCGGGCUUGAGCUACAACGCACGGCACGUGGUUUCACCGGAGCAGGUGGCGCUGCGAGACCAUCGGCAGCGAGACCAUCGGCAGCGUGUCCACAGACGCAUCAGCACGGGAGAAAUCAAAAAAGCCGUGACGACAGAAAGCCAAGGAGAACACAAAUGCCCCCUGUGCUGGUGUUGGUUUGAAACCAAGACCGGCCUUUCUAACCACGUGAGAGGACAUCUGAAACAUGUAGGCAAACGUGCUAUCAGCAGCAGCACCGGCAGCAAGUCUCCACUGUGCAUCCUCAACCAACUGCUGAAGGACAAAAAGGAACAUCGAAAUAUUCUCCAGGUCCUCAACAAAAGCCACGCGGCAUCACGACUUUCAGCCUCUCAGAAGCUCGGCGGUGGCUCGUUCCUGUCGCAGACAGACGUCCCAGUGAAAAGCCCACGUGGGGUUAGUGGCCCACUUCCAGCGUUGGACAGCUUUGUUCCCAAACAGGAGGAAGACGCCUUGGCAGAGUGGAAGACACUACCGGUAGACGCACAAAGAGAAAGCACUUUAGUGGAGCUGCUUAAAACAGAACAAGUACGAGUGAAGCUUGGCGCGACAAGCAACCAGCAAACCCAUGUGAACAAGAUGAUGUGUGCAAUGACCCAAAACUGCGUGGAGGAGGCCAGUGCUGACCCCAGCUGGAUGCAUGGCGGGUUGGAUUCUGGGAAGGUUUGGGUUGAGUGUAGCGGCACCUCCCCCAGCUCUCCCCGGCUCAGGGGCCAGCUUCAGGCGUACGCACACAGAAAGAGGAUGGCCGCUUUUCAACAUCCAGGCUAUGAUUAUGUGAAGAAGAAAGCAAGACCAAGGCCUGGACUAAAAGAGAAGAUUUUACCUCCUCUGAAUACUGAGAUACACACAUUCACCUGCAGAUUUUGUGACCUGAUCUUCCAGGGUCCCUCCUCAGUCCAGGAGGACUGGAUCAAGCACUUACAGAGGCACCUUCUGCACAGCACCGUGCCACACUCAGGGUCCAGGAUGGUGGAGGUCCUCGGCCUCCACCCGAGACAGCAUGUCUGA